AUGGGUCGGUUGCAAAAGAUUCUCAUUCCCUUUUUGGGAUUGGUUUUGGCCUUCUGGUUUUAUUCUGCGAGGGAUAAUUUCACACCGGAGAUGCUGAAAGGGAAGCGGGUGAUCGUCACCGGGGCGAGCACUGGAAUUGGAGAGCAGAUGGCGUAUCACCUGGCGCGGAUGGGAUCCCACAUUCUGAUCACGGCGCGGACAGAGGCCAAGCUGCAGAAAGUGGUGGAGCGGUGCCGGGAGCUGGGCGCAGCCUCCGCGCGGUACAUCAGCGGCUCCAUGGAGGACAUGGCCUUCGCCGAGCACGUGGUGAAGGAGGCAGAGACCGCGCUGGGCGGCCUCGACAUGCUGAUCCUUAACCACGUCGGCACAUCGUACUUUGGUUAUUUCAAUGGGGAUGUUGGGCACGUACGAAAGCUCCUGGAGAUCAACUUCCUCAGCUACGUGGCGAUGACGGUGUCUGCCCUGCCCAUGCUGAAGGAGAGCGAGGGCAGCAUCGUGGUGGUUUCCUCCAUGGCAGGUAAAGUCGGGUUUCCCCUUACGGUCCCCUACUCUGCAACUAAGUUUGCCUUGGAUGGAUUUUUCAGCUCCCUGAGGCAGGAAUUCAUCAUUCAGAGCAUUAACGUCUCCAUCACGCUCUGCAUCCUUGGCUUCAUCGAUACUG